UUCUUCCGCCUUGCUCGCUCACUCGUCUGCUAACUUGCCCCCCGUCGAUUUGGUUCUCCACCUAACCUUCCUAUUCUUGUUCGCCCACUGCCUGGUUCCUCCCAGCUUGGCACAGAAACGUUUGACCACUGGUGCUCAGUGCCUACCCACACCCGCCACGUCCAGCCGGAGCUUGAGAGCUCAUCCCAUCGACCCCACCUCAGGUGCCCUCGCUCUUGUCGACAAGCUUCGCCGUACCUGUCUGACCCUUCCCGGCCUCAUCAUCCACGUUAAAAAUACUGGGGGAUUCCCGCUCAUGAAUAAGGUUGGGCGCAGCGCAGUAAAUUCACACCACCCGCACCCCCGACUUUCAAACAAGUUGAACCACACAUCCGUGUUGCGAAGUAAUCAUCAUGGACUGGGGAGCUGUGAAUCUGCCCGCAGCCCUCGAAGACGUCAGAGUUACGAGGCUCCCGCCGUCGUCCUUCUACAUCGCAGACUUUAUUUCGGAGGAAGAGGAACGGUUUCUGCUGCAAAAGAUAGCUGAUGCGCCGAAACCCCGCUGGAAGCAACUGACUCAUCGACGUCUCCAAACAUGGCCAUCCGAUCUCGUCAAGAACAAGCUGAUUGACGCCCCCUUGCCACAGUGGCUACAGGAGCCUGUGGUCUCGCGAAUUCUCUCCUUGCCCUUCGCUGUCAGUCCUGAUUCGUCCAAUCUGUUCGCCGACAGCCCUCACAAACGGCCGAACCACGUGCUGAUCAAUGAGUAUCCCCCGGGAGACGGGCCCGCCUAUCAUCCAGUCGUGUGCACUGUCAGCCUGGGAGCAAGUAUAUGCCUGAACCUCUACCGGAGUAAGGAGGACGGCGGGUUAGAUCUGAAGCCCGUAGCACGCAUUCUUCAGGAGCCCAGAAGCCUCCUCGUCACGACCGAGAGCCUCUACACCGAUGACCUGCAUGGCAUUGCCGAUAUCGAGGAGGACGUCCAGCUCUCCUCCGAGACAGUUGUGAACUGGGACCUCUUGCGAUCGAAAACGGAUUUCGCUGCCGGCCAAAACGUGCGCGCAACCCGAACAAGCCUCACAUAUCGCGACGUAAUGCAGGUUUCGAAGCUGGGGGCCAAAUUUGGAAUGUUUGGGCAGAAAUGACGACAAGGCUAAAGCAU